UUACGUUUUUUAAUGUGUGUCCUUUUCUGUUCUUAUCUGAUUCAUCUGUUUCUAUAAUGGGUCUUCCUUAGUUUCUUAGUGGAAAUCAAAUUCAGUUCCAAGUUUUAAUCUUUUUCAAUUUUAGUGCUUCAAUUCUGAUCCUUAAACUUUUUUUCUAAGGGCCCAGUAACCAGUUGGGCAGGUAAAGUGAUUGCUGAAUUUUCUUUGUUGAUCGGAUAAUUUGAUUUCAAGUUGACUUUGAUAGAGAUGGGUAUAUACUUGAGCACUCCGAAAACAGAUAAGUUUUCUGAGGAUGGUGAGAAUGAUAAGCUCAGAUUUGGUCUGUCAUCCAUGCAAGGUUGGCGGGCUACAAUGGAAGAUGCUCAUGCUGCGCUCCCUGAUCUGGAUGCUACCACUUCAUUCUUUGGUGUUUAUGAUGGCCAUGGAGGUAAAGUAGUUGCAAAGUUCUGUGCUAAGUUUCUUCAUCAGCAGGUUCUCAAGAGUGAAACAUAUUUAGCUGGAGAUAUUGGAACUUCUCUGCAGAAAGCUUUUUUCAGAAUGGAUGAGAUGAUGCGUGGGCAAAGAGGAUGGCGUGAAUUGGCUGUUUUGGGUGACAAAAUAAACAAGUUUACUGGUAUGAUAGAAGGGCUGAUAUGGUCUCCAAGGGGUAGUAGUGAUAGUAAUGAUCAACCUGAUGAUUGGGCUUUCGAAGAGGGCCCCCACUCUGAUUUCCCUGGGCCAACUUCUGGGUGCACAGCUUGUGUUGCAAUUAUUAGGAACAGCCAACUCGUGGUAUCGAAUGCUGGAGAUUCUAGAUGUGUCAUAUCUAGAAAGGGUCAGGCAUAUAAUCUGUCUAGAGAUCACAAACCUGAUCUUGAAGCUGAGAGAGACAGGAUUCUAAAGGCCGGUGGUUUCAUACAUGCAGGACGGGUGAACGGGAGUUUAAAUCUUGCAAGGGCAAUAGGUGACAUGGAAUUCAAGCAGAACAAAUUUUUGCCUGCUGAAAAGCAAAUUGUAACAGCCAAUCCAGAUAUUAACACAGUUGAGCUUUGUGACGAUGAUGAAUUCAUGGUGUUAGCAUGUGAUGGAAUAUGGGACUGUUUGUCAAGCCAGCAGUUAGUAGAUUUCAUUCAUGAGCAAUUCAAGACAGAAAGCAAACUCUCCGUAGUAUGUGAGAGAGUACUCGAUAGGUGUUUGGCGCCGUCAACAGCUGGGGGCGAAGGUUGCGACAACAUGACGAUGAUCUUGGUACAGUUCAAGAAACCUAUCCAGCAGAUCGCCUCCGCCGACCAACAAUCCUCACAAGCUGAAUCUGCCGCGGCUGAAUCUAGACCACAAGAAAAUGAAUCAAAUUAGCAAGCUGCUGUUUUCUGUUGAUAUAUCGGAUGCAAUCGUGCAACCCUGACUGGAAGGAUGCGAGUCUGUCGAGACUCGAGUUUGUAGAUGGUUUAACGUUAAAUAUAAAGAAAAUAUUGUUCUAUAUAUAUUAGUGUGUGCUUUACGUUUGAAACAAAUUAUCCCAUUAUCCAACCAUGUAUAGCUUUUUGAUAACAGUGUUUAUCAUGGCAAUGAUGAUUACUUCAUUUGGCAUGAUAUCUUGGGAGAAUGUUGCUUCAUCA